AUGAUAGUUCUUGAAAUUUUAAUUUUUACCAUUUUAUUUUGGAUCAUCAAAUAUUUUUGGGACCACAGAAGAUUCUAUUAUCUUGCGUCUAAGAUUCCAACAAGUGCUUUUGACUUUUCAUUCAGUGGAAUUUACAACUAUUUAACAGCAGAUCCAAAAAUGAUGUUAAAGCUUGUCAAUGGAAGUUUUGAUAAUAAAAGUGACAUUGCUAAGACAUGGCUUGGUCAUGUUUUGUUCAUAAUUGCAAAUAAUCCAGAUGAUAUAAAGACAAUCUUUAAUGCUAAGCAGUGCUAUGAUAAACCAAGUUUUAUUAAGUUUUCCGCCAAAAUGGAGAAAGGAUCAUUAUUUGGGGAACUAGAAUAUUGGCGGUCACAUCGAAAAGUUAUGAAUCCAUUUUUUGGAUAUCAAGGAUUGAAGGCAGUAAUUCCAAUUUUUAAUGAAAAGACUAAAAUAUUGAUGAAAAGCCUUGAAUGUAUGGUAGACAAGGAAGCAUUCAAUAUUUUUCAUAACAUGACAGCUUUGACUUUGGAAACAAUUUUGAAAGUCAUGGAAUAUGAUGUGGAUAUACAGAAUCAAGAAGCCAAGAGUCGAGAUGUGUUUAUCAAGAAUUUAGAAAACUUCGCAAAAGUAGCAUUCUUAAGGAUGUUCAAACCCUGGCUUCACCCAAACAUCAUCUUCAAAAAUUCAAAACUCUACAAAGUUCAACAACAAUCGAUGUCUAACUGCGCAAUGGUCUUCACAAAUGACAUAAUUGAGAAUAUCCGUACGAAUACAAACAACAAUGAAGAUGAGAAGUCCAAAAGUUUUAUGGAGGCUAUGCUGAACCCAAAAAAUAACUUUACAGACAAUGAAAUUAAGCAUGAAGUGCAUUCAGUUGUGCUGGCUGCUCAAGACACAUCAGCAAUUGCAUCAUCGAUGAUGCUUUUGUUGCUUGCGAUUUAUAAGGAUGUUCAGCAAAAAGUUGUUGACGAACUGCAUCAAGUUUUCGGAAAAAAACGAGACACUCCAUACAUUGAAUUUGAAAAUGUGAAUGAACUUGUUUACCUUGAAAUGGUAAUUAAUGAAGUCAUGAGACUCUACCCAGUGGUUCCAUUCAUCGUUAGACAAGUCGAUGAAGAAAUAGUCCUUGGCGAUAAAUAUAGAAUUCCAGUAAAGGCAACAGUUGUUGUUCCAAUCAGCAGAAUCCACAAGAAUAAGAAGUACUGGGGCGAUGAUGCAGAAGAAUUUAAUCCAGAAAGGUUCAGCAAAGAAAAUUUCGCCAAAAUUCAUCCUUACGCUUAUAUACCUUUUGCAAAAGGUCCACGCAUGUGCCUUGGCUAUCGAUAUGCAAUGAUGUUGAUGAAGAUUCAGCUUGCCAACUUUCUGAUGCGUUAUGAAGUUGAUACGGAUUUAAAGCUUGAUGAAUUGGAGUUUGGUGUUCAAGUGACGAUGACUGUGUGUCAGGGAUAUAUGAUUAAGAUUAAGGAUAGGAAAUAUUGA